UCUCAUCAAGCAGUUCGAUUCCAAGGACAAAAAUAAUCGACCGCUUCACCAGUACUCCAUCAUCAAAUAUUCCAUCAACAAGUAUUCCUACCGCAUGUAGAUGUUUGAACGGUGGAAGCUGUUAUCCUGGAAGUUCAUACUGUAGCUGUCCAUGGCUGUACACAGGGAAAUACUGUGAAGUGUGUGGCUGUUUCAACGGUGGAAGCUGUAUCUACAGAGGUAGCUCUUUGUACUGUAGCUGCUCCUGGCCCUACACUGGACGAUACUGUGAAGUUUUAGUCCCAUCAAGUAGCUUCCCAAUUCCACGAACAACAAUAAUCGACUACUUUACCAGUACUCCAUCAUCAAGUAUAGGACUAACGUCUUUUGUAACCACAGUUGCUCCAACCGCGUGUAGCUGUCUUAACGGUGGAAGCUGUUAUCCUGGAAGUUCAUACUGUGGCUGUCCAUGGCCGUACACAGGGAAAUACUGUGAAGCGCAUUACUGUGAUGUGGCUCAACCUGGUUGUCGUAACGGUGGAACAUGUGUUAGAUUACCAAAUGGAUACAGAUGUGACUGUCCACCAUAUUACACUGGGAAAGAUUGCGAAUACCCUAGCUCUAACCCUUGCUCUUCUUAUCCGUGUAAGAAUGGAGGAACAUGUCACCGCUACCAAUCAGGACACCCCUACUAUUGUGUUUGUCCAAAGGGAUUUACCGGCUAUGAUUGCGAACAAAGAAUUACAACUACAUCAACAACCGUCUCCCCCUCCCCCUCAGUAACACCAGUGACACCUACCACACCAUACACCCGUUGUGACAGCAGUACAUGCAUUAAUGGUGUUUGUAGUCCAGUUCACAAUACCAACACUCUAUACUGUAAAUGCAGUCCUGGGUAUAAUGGAAAACAAUGUGACAGAAAAACCACUGGUUGCCAAGACAACCUUUGCUUGUAUGGUAGCACAUGCGCAGUAGGAGCCAAAAACUAUCUAUGGUAUUGCAUAUGUCCACCAGGAAGAACCGGACAACGAUGUGAAAAAAAGAUAAUACCGUGUGAAGGUCAACACCAACCUUGUCUAAAUGGAGGAUCGUGUGAAAAAAUAGGGAAUAACUACAAAUGCUUAUGCCCCAAAAACUAUACUGGAAAACAUUGUGAAUUUGGUUAUGAAUGUCACAAGGUUACACUGAGUACCACUUCAACAUCGCUAGUUGCUACGACUACUACCAUCGGUAGCACCAUCCAUGUCAGUUCCUUCACGACAUCGUCAGCAGCUCCUUUAACGACUACACCGGUCAUGACAUCUGUACAAUCAACAUCAACAAUUAUGUUGAUUAUAGAUCAUAUCUGUGACAUAUCUCAGCCGUGUCGUAAUAAUGGCAAAUGUAUUAAAACCUCGAAAUAUGGGUACCGCUGUCAGUGUGGUCCAGGAUAUACUGGGAGAAACUGCGAGAACUACUUGUUCUUAACAACCUCGAUUCCGCUUCCGACAAUGAUCAAAAAAGAUUCAUUAUCCAAAAAUCCUCAAAAUGUUGUUCUUACAAAAGAAGAAAAACUUAAAGAAGAUCUAAUAAAGGAAAAAAGAUCGCCCAAAAUUCCCAACAAAGAUCAACAGCUGCCAUGACAACAUUUGGUCACGCAAGCGAACAACGAUACUUACCUCAAAGGAAACACCUAGUUAGAUCAAGUCAAAGCAUCUAAAAUACAAAAAAAUUGAAAUGUGAACAAAAUGGGAAACAAAGUGGGAAGCAAAAUGGGAUAUAAGAAAAUUGAAUAAGAAAAAAGGGACGAGUAUUAUUGAAACCACCCAAGUUGAAAACUUGAGGGGGAGGGGGGGGAGGGCGGAUUAAUUAAGGGCCUGGUUUAUUUAGUUUUAUCUGCAAAUAAACUGUCCAUUAUUAUAUAGUUAGUGUACUUCUCUAUGGCAAUGAAUAAAUAAGGGAUUGAAUCAAGCAAAUAAACCAGUAUCUCAAUACAGACA